AACUGUCUCCUUAGCUGUAAAAAAAAAAAAAUCCUAAAACACAUCCUAGCACCCUGUCUUUGAACCCAUCCUAAAACCCAUCCUAGCACCCUGUCCUUGAACCCAUCCUAAAACACAUCCUAGCACCCUGUCCUUGAACCCAUCCUAAAACACAUCCUAGCACCCUGUCCUUGAACCCAUCCUAAAACACAUCCUAGCACCCUGUCCUUGAACCCAUCCUAAAACACAUCCUAGCACUCUGCCCUUGAACACAUCCUAAAACACAUCCUAGCACCCUGUCCUUGAACCCAUCCUAAAACACAUCCUAGCACCCUGUCCUUGAACCCAUCCUAAAACACAUCCUAGCACCCUGUCCUUGAACCCAUCCUAAAACACAUCCUAGCACCCUGUCCUUGAACCCAUCCUAAAACACAUCCUAGCACCCUGUCCUUGAACCCAUCCUAAAACACAUCCUAGCACCCUGUCCUUGAACCCAUCCAAAAACACAUCCUAGCACCCUGUCCUUCAACCCAUCCUAAAACACAUCCUAGCACCCUGUCCUUGAACCCAUCCUAAAACACAUCCUAGCACCCUGUCCUUGAACCCAUCCUAAAACACAUCCUAGCACCCUGUCCUUCAACCCAUCCUAAAACACAUCCUAGCACCCUGUCCUUGAACCCAUCCUAAAACUGUUGUGAUACAGUGACUUUACCGUACCCAACGUUUAUGUUUCUCGCAAGACACAUGAACCACACCAAGACAACUCCACAAAAAGACACACAAACCACUUACCACUAAUACAGCAGGGGUGCCUGGCUUUCCCCUACAAGCACCUCCCAGCGUUACAACGAUAAUCCUAACAGGCCUGAUAGUAAUACCUAGUUGUAAUCACUGUAGGAGGCACUUAUCUUUCGAAGGGUUUCAAAAGAAGUGGUCUCUUGAAGUAAGUUCUGGAGGAGUACUGUUGUCCUCGAGACUAAGUUUAAAUCAGCACUGCCGCGAGUUAAUAUGGGGCGAAAGCGCUGAGGUGUUGUUAGCUUGAGAGCAGGUGAUGUUGUGGGCCGAAAGCCAACCAUGUAGGUCAGAAGGGGUAUUUUGAAUUAUCCUUGCCGCAAGGGCAAUUAUUUAUUAUUUCAUGAAAGGAAACACUGAACUAUUGUUAUUCCUUUCAUGGUAAAUGUGUUUAGUCUUCAGGCAGUGAAUACGAUGAUACUGUCUCGGUCUGGGAGCCGAUGAGCGAAGUAUCAAUCACCUAAGAUGGAAGCCUUGGGUCUGCCUGGGUCCCUGCUGCCGCUGUGGUCACUCUCCCCGCCCCUGCCCGUGCUGCAGCCCUCAGCCCCGACCUCACCCUCAUGAACUGCUCUGACGUGAAGGAUCACUUGGUCAACAUGCUGCUGAAUAGUGGAAAGUGUGACGGUGGUGGCGGACAAGAUCGCUGGCCCUUUCCACCUUGGCCAUCCACCUCUACCACGAGUUGGCCCACCAAACACUCCACACCAAGGUUAACAAGGCCAUCAAUGUGCUCCAGGCAUACCUCAAGAGCCCGUCCAGCGCUGGGCCCGGCCGCUGCAAGCCUUGUUGGGUCAAUGUGUGGGAAAUCAGCCAAGGUGGAGUUUGAGUCGGUCGGCCUCAACCAUGAGGGCUGUGUGAGCGGCAGGCUGGCCGUGAGCCUUCCUGGGAGUGCUGGGCGGCCUGGUGCCCCGGCUGAAGGCAAGCGGCCUCCUGAGACACCCAAAGACUAGCUGACACAAGAUCUUGUGCUGGUACUGGUGUCUGAAGGCUGUGCAGUGGUGCGGACACAGGCUCAGAGUGCCCAGGUGGACCAAGAUGCUGGUAAGUGUUGCAGCUGACAGAUUACUGACAAGGGAACAGGCAGGGAAUAUAAACAAAACAGACAUGGUAGUUAUAAGUGUGGCCAGUGUCGCCUCUUCUUAUUCUUUAUAAAUG